AUGUCUCAACGUGAGCAGAAGCCAGCCUCCGCGGCCAUUCAACAGAGCGACAACAUCGCGCACGCGCUGGCGGGUGCCGGCGGUGGAAUCCUGUCGAUGGUUCUGACGUACCCUCUGAUUACUCUGUCAACCAGAGCCCAAGUCGAGUCUAAGCGGGCCCACUCCACCACCCUAGAUGCAGUCCGUCGGAUUGUCCAGCGAGAAGGCAUCUCCGGACUCUACUCGGGCUUGGAAUCAGCCCUUUUCGGCAUCAGUGUCACCAACUUUGUGUAUUACUACUGGUAUGAGUGGACUCGGUCGACUUUCGAGAAGGCGGCCAUCAAGGCAGGACGGGCCUCCAAGAAGCUCACCACGGUCGAGUCCAUGAUCGCAGGUGCGAUUGCUGGUAGUGCGACGGUGCUGAUCACCAACCCCAUCUGGGUCAUCAACACCCGUAUGACAGCUCGCCGAUCCGAGUCUGAAGAACAGGCUCUACCUGGGGCUCCCAAGAAGGCUAAAGCAUCAACUAUCAACACACUGAUGGACCUGCUCCGACUAGAAGGGCCCAAGGCUCUGUUUGCUGGUGUUCUCCCGGCGCUGAUUCUGGUGAUCAACCCGAUCCUUCAAUAUACCAUCUUCGAGCAGUUGAAGAACGUCGUGGAGCGCCGCCGCCGAAUGACACCUAAGGAUGCGUUCUACUUGGGUGCCCUCGGCAAAAUUAUGGCCACCAGCAUCACAUACCCUUACAUUACCAUCAAGAGCCGGAUGCACGUGGCUAGCAAAGACGGCCCCAAGGAGAGCCUAAAUGGCAGUUUCAAGAGAAUAAUCCAGGAAGAGGGAUGGACAGGGCUGUAUAAGGGAAUUGGGCCCAAGGUGACCCAGAGCGCUAUUACUGCCGCAUGCCUCUUCGCCUUUAAAGACGUACUGUAUGACAUGAUGGUCGCUAUGCGCAAGAAGAACGCCCUUCGCAAGUAA